UAAUGUUUUUUUUUUUUCAUUAAGUUGCUCAAAGAAAACAUUAAACAUUGAAAAAUUUAUUAGCUAAUAAAUUAAAUAUUCAAUUAAUAUCUAAAGUAAAUAAUUGUAAAUUUUAAUUAAAUAAAUAAUCAUGAACGUACUACGUUCCACCUGUCAGUUUGUCAUUAAAGUGCAGAAGGUUAAUGCCGCAAAUACAGGAUAUAGAUUUAUUCGUCGAACAUGGGCUCCUACUCUGAAGGAAUUUACUCGACGUAAAGAGAAACUGGGACCACAACCAGAGCAACCUAGAAGUGGAUUCCUCGAGUGGAAUUUCGAGUCCGAACUCUAUGCCUUCAACAGCAGACUUUCGGAAAAAUUUAAUUUAGAAUUACUGUCACAAGCUUUUACUCAUAAUUCCUAUAUUUUAAAAGAAGAACAGAAGCAGAGACAAGUGGGCAUUGAUGAUCCUCAGCUUCAUUAUUAUGAUAACAGGCAGUUUAUUCUAGACGGUAAAGUUCUUACAUCAAAAAUUGUUGAGGCUUAUUUAAGUUCGGCAAUGCCUCGAACUCCUGCUGAAUGUAUCAGUGUUUUCAAAGAUUAUUUGCUGUCCGAAGAAGUCCUGGCAAAUAGAGCAUUCUUACUUGGAUGCAAAGACAUUAUUUUAGCAGAGGAAUAUCCGCCUUCGAAUCAAACAUUAGCAAACACAUUUUUGGCUCUAGUAGCUGCGCUUGCUAAAAGUACAGACGAAAUCCACACAGCGAAAUUCGUCCGAGAUUUUCUGAUAACAACACUCGCUGAGAAAGAUCUGAAUGAGAUAUACUGCCCAGAGAAUCCGAUUGAAAUUCUCAAUCAAGUGUUAACUAACGACGGCAAAGAUCCCGUGGAACCGCGAAUCAUUUCACAGACUGGAGUUAAUACUUUUUUACCAUGCUAUCAGAUUGGUCUGUUCUCAAACAAACAGUUCAUUUCUUCAGCUACUGAAAGUACGAUUGAAGAUGCAGUAAAAGUAGCAGCAUUAAAUGCGCUUAGUAAACUUUUUGGUUUCGCAGAUUCAAGUAAUCCGAUGAAAUAUAAUUUAGACGUUGAUCCUUCAAAGCAAAUUAAAAAUUUAACGAUUCACAACUGGUGCACACAGAAUGUUAAGCAGCUUAUGCAAAAGAAUUGAAUUAUAAAUAUAAUUUAAUACAUUUUUUAUAUUACUAAUUAAUUAUAAAUAAAAAAUAGCCUCAGCUCUAAUGGUACAGAUUUAAAAA